CUAUGUUUUUAUCCAUGUGCCUUCGAAUAGCUCCAAGACAUUCAAUAAUCACUCUCUGAAUUUUCUUAAGUUUGGGUGACUCCUCUUCCUCUUCCACUCAUUUGUGGUUAGUAUUUUUUCCAAACAUAAGAUGACUCAUUAGUUUAAUGUAAGAUUGGAGAAACGCCGACUACAUAAGCCCGUCAUCAAACCAUGCCACCACAAAUUUCUACACCCAAUCGAACACCAUCGCCUCCUCCACCAGAGAUGCAAGCUCCUCCCGUUCAGCCAAGAUGGGUCAUUGCCCUCAAGCAAAUCGUAUUUGAGCUCCGUCAGCAACGGGGCAUCGCCGCACCGCUUACAAUCAUGAACCUGACGUGGUUCGCAAAGUUGACCAUCACCACCAUCUUUCUCGCCCGACUCGGUGACCUCCAGCUUGCCGGCGGCGCGCUCGGCUUUACCUUUGCCAAUGUCACAGGUUUCUCUGUGCUGAGCGGCCUCUGCGGCGCCAUGGAGCCCAUAUGUGGCCAGGCACACGGUGCCAGAAAUCGUGGACUCCUUCGCAAGACCCUUCUCAUGUCCAUUACCCUCUUGCUUUCUGCCUCUAUCCCAAUCUCUUUUCUUUGGCUCAAUAUGGACACGAUCCUUCUCCGUUUCGGCCAGCAGAAGGAGAUUGCAAGCAUAGGGAAGAAGUACGCGCUGUUCCUUCUCCCUGACCUGGCUGUAACCUCAUUCCUCAGUCCCCUGAAAGCCUAUUUAAAUUCACAAGGCGCUACGCUCCCCGCUCUGUUUACCUCAGCCACAGCGUUGGUUCUGCACUUGCCACUCAACAUUUUCCUCUCCAAACUCAAAGGACUCGAGGGCGUGGCGAUGGCCGUCUGGCUAACUGACCUUUUCGUCGCCAUCAUGCUCGCUUUAUACGUUUUCAUUAUUGAGAUAAAAGACAAGAGCAGACAGGACAUCCCGGCUUGGUGGUGGAAGCAGAGCAUGGUGGAGUGGGCUCGGCUUCUGCGGUUGGCGGUGCCGUGCUGCCUGAACACAUGCUUGGAAUGGUGGUGCUAUGAAAUCCUUGUCCUGCUCACGGGGAAUCUUCCAGACUCCAAGCGGAUGGUCUCCGUCAUCACUAUCGUGCUUAACUUCGACUACUUGCUCUUCUCCGUCAUGCUGUCACUUGCCACUGCGGCGUCCGUGAGGGUGUCGAACGAGCUUGGCGCCGGCCGCACCAGGGCGGCACGUACGUCGGCGCACGUGUCAAUGGGCAUGGGCGCGCUCGGCGGGCUAGUAAGCGCGGCGGCGAUGGCUGGAGCCAGAGGAUGGUGGGGAGUGCUGUUUAGCAAAGACAGGGAAAUCGUGACGCGCGUAAAGAAAACGAUGCUGAUUAUGGCGGUGGUGGAAGUUGUGAACUUUCCACUUGCGGUGAGUGGUGGAAUUGUGCGCGGCACGGCGCGGCCGUUGCUUGGCAUGUACGCGAGCGUCGGGGGGUUUUACCUGGUGGCGCUACCGCUUGCGGUGCUUCUGGGUUUUAAGACGGGGCUGGGCUUAUCGGGGAUGCUGUUGGGGUUUCUCGUAGGCGGCGCAACUGGCGGCGUGCUGUUGCUGGGGUUUUUAGCUUGUAUUGACUGGGAAAGGGAGGUGGAAAAGGCUCAAAGAUUAACAGCUGUUAGCUUGAACAGAGGAGAUGAGCUAAAUGGCUGCGAAGGUGGAAGUGACACAGGAGACAUGAUUGUUUGACGAUUACUAAUUAAAAAGUUCUUUAAUUUAAACAAAUUGUGGUGGUAUAUGUAUAUUUAUAUAUUGGGCAGUGCUCCAUUAUCAUCUGCAGAAGAGCUUUCGUUUGCAAUUCUUUUCAAUAUGAUAACGGCAUUAAUUUGUUCUUUCUCAUGGUGCGAUUACAUAAGGAAAUAAGAUAGAAUAAAUUGUGCUUUCACU